AUGGCGUCCAUGGCUGCGAUUGGAGUUCUAAAGGUACCUGCUGCUUCGAGUUCCGAUUCUUCCUGCGGGAUACUCACGGAGGCGGUUCCGACGAGGACUCUUUCCUUCUCCUCCUCUCUAGGUUUAUCCGACGAGAAGGUUUCGCUCAGAGCCACCGUCUCCCGUCGCAGAGAAUCCGCUGUUCGUGGCCGAGUGAGGAAUCCGAUGAUCGUGUCUCCUAAGGCGGUCUCGGAUUCUCAGAAUUCGCAGACUUGUCUCGAUCCUGAUGCGAGCAGUAGUGUUUUGGGGAUCAUCUUAGGAGGCGGUGCUGGAACUCGUCUCUAUCCUCUUACCAAAAAGAGAGCGAAACCAGCUGUUCCUCUCGGUGCAAACUACAGGCUCAUUGAUAUUCCCGUGAGCAACUGUCUGAACAGCAACAUAAACAAAAUCUAUGUCCUUACGCAGUUCAACUCCGCCUCUCUAAACCGACAUCUCUCACGAGCGUACGCGACCAACAUGGGAGGUUACAAGAACGAAGGCUUUGUUGAAGUCCUUGCCGCUCAACAGAGCCCAGAAAACCCCAACUGGUUCCAGGGGACAGCUGAUGCGGUGAGGCAGUACCUGUGGUUGUUCGAGGAGCACAAUGUUCUUGAGUAUCUGAUUCUUGCUGGGGAUCAUUUGUAUCGAAUGGACUAUGAGAAGUUCAUUCAAGCACACAGGGAGACUGAUGCUGAUAUCACAGUAGCUGCACUACCAAUGGACGAGGAACGAGCCACUGCUUUUGGGCUGAUGAAGAUUGAUGAGGAAGGACGUAUAGUCGAAUUUGCUGAAAAGCCAAAGGGGGAGCAACUAAAGGCCAUGAAGGUUGAUACAACAAUUCUAGGUCUUGAUGAUAAGAGAGCCAAGGAGAUGCCUUACAUUGCUAGUAUGGGUAUUUAUGUUGUUAGCAAAGACGUGAUGCUAGAAUUACUGCGGAACAAGUUUCCUGGAGCUAAUGACUUUGGAAGUGAAGUCAUUCCUGGUGCUACUUCCCUUGGACUGAGGCUUCUUGUAGCUGAUGAAGCUAUGCUUAAGCAAAACCUUGCUAACUUUGAUGACGUUUUGCAGGUGCAAGCUUACCUAUAUGAUGGCUACUGGGAAGACAUUGGUACUAUAGAGGCAUUCUAUAACGCAAAUCUCGGAAUCACCAAAAAACCAGUUCCUGAUUUUAGUUUCUAUGAUCGCUCUGCUCCUAUCUACACACAGCCACGUUAUUUGCCACCGUCUAAGAUGCUCGAUGCUGAUGUCACAGACAGUGUUAUCGGCGAGGGCUGCGUUAUCAAGAACUGCAAAAUUCAUCACUCCGUGGUUGGACUCCGUUCCUGCAUAUCUGAAGGUGCUAUUAUUGAAGAUUCGUUAUUAAUGGGAGCUGACUAUUACGAGACUGCUUCGGAAAAGAGCCUCCUUACGGCGAAAGGGAGUGUACCCAUAGGUAUCGGGAAAAACUCACACAUCAAAAGAGCCAUCAUUGACAAGAACGCACGUAUCGGUGACAAUGUCAAGAUCAUAAACAGCGACAAUGUGCAAGAGGCAGCGAGAGAGAGUGAAGGAUAUUUCAUAAAGAGCGGGAUUGUAACCGUUAUCAAGGACGCCUUAAUCCCAACCGGCACUCUCAUCUAA